AUGGUCAAGAUCUCCUCCGCCGCCGCUGGUGCCGUUGUGUUCGCUGCCGCCGCCUCGGCCGCCACCAUCAACACCCCCGCCUCGAUCACCCAGUGCCAGCCCGCCGCUCUCUCGUGGCAGGGUGCCACCGGCACCGUCCGUCUCAGCAUCCUCCCCGGUGGUGAGGUCUCGGCCGCCCCCAUCGAGAACCUUCCCGACCAGACUGGCGCUUCGGGCUCGUACGUCUGGACCGUCAACGUCGCCGCCGGCACCAACAUCACCAUCACCAUCAACGACGGCAGCGGCAUGCCCAACUACGCCUCGCCCCUCGUUGUCCUUCCCUCGUCGGACAGCUCGUGCCUCAACGGUGGCUCCAGCUCGUCGGCCGCCGCUGGUGGUGCCGCCACCUCGUCGGCUGCCAGCUCCUCGGCCGCUGCCUCUAGCUCGUCGGCCCGCUCUUCCUCCUCGGCCGCCGCCUCGAGCAUGAGCUCGGCUGCCUCGUCCACGUCGGCGUCGGCCACCGCCUCGCGCUCGGCUACCACUUCCGGCUCGGCCCCCGCCCAGACCUCGAGCCGCGCCCCCAACGGCGCCGCCGCCUUCUCGCCCUCCACCGCCGGCCUUACCGUCCUCGGUCUCGCUGGUGCCCUCCUCCCCUUCCUUUAA